AUGUCAAACCCUGACAACUAUACGAUCGGCUGGAUCUGUGCCGUUGGGGCCGAGCUUGUUGCCGCCCAGGCAUUUCUUGACGAAAAGCACGACGCGCCGGCCAAUAUACCUGUGAACGACAAUAACACAUACACCUUGGGCAGCAUCGGCAACCACAACAUCGUCAUAGCUGCCCUGCCACACUGGCAAUACGGACUCGUCACCGCCGCCACUGUCGCGCGAGACCUGGUGCGCAGCUUUCCCAGCGUGCGAUUAGGCCUUAUGGUGGGCAUCGGUGGCGGCGCACCAAGUAGCAGGCACGACAUCCGCCUAGGCGACAUCGUGGUCAGCUCACCUGGCUACGGGAGCGGAGGCGUGCUCCAGUACGACUACGGAAAGACGGUACAAGACAGGAGCUUUUCCCUCACUGGAUAUCUAAACCAGUCACCACAGUUUGUGCUAACGGCAAUCGCCGUGCUUGAGGCUCGAUACGAAAGCGAGGGCCACGACCUUGAGCAAGCUAUCGAUAGCGUUCUCGACAAGAAGAAGAGGCUGCGGCUUAAGUACCAACGGCCCGGUACCAGCACUGACCGACUAUACCAAUCGUCCUAUACACACAAAGGGAGCGACGAAGAUAGCUGUACGGCCGUUUGCGGGGAUGCGGAUUCGUGUUUGGUCUUACGUACCGAUCGAUCGGACGAUCAGGACAACCCGGCAAUCCACUACGGGCUCAUUGCUUCUGCGAACCAGCUAAUGAAAGAUGCGUUGGUCCGCGAUAGAUUGUCCGCGGAGAAGGACAUAUUGUGCUUUGAGAUGGAGGCCGCAGGGCUGAUGAGUCAUUUCCCCUGCCUGGUCAUUCGGGGAGUGUGCGACUACGCGGAUACGCAUAAGAAUGCAUCCUGGCAGGGCUAUGCAGCUAUGGCGGCUGCUGCUUAUGCAAAGGAUUUGCUUGGAAUAAUUGCGCCAAACAAAAUUGAAGCUGAGAGGAAGCUGGGCGAGGUUCUCGCGGAUGGGGUUGAAGCGCUUCGGGAAGACAACCAUGCCAUGCGAGUCAGGACCUGGCUCUCGCCGCCCGACCCCUCGAUCAAUUUCAAUAAGGCUCUCAAGCAACGACAUCAGGGCUCAGGCCAGUGGCUAAUUGAACAUGGCAAGUACUCAGCCUGGAAAAACAAACAGCGCUCCUUUUUAUGGCUCUACGGUAUCCCGGGCUGCGGCAAGACGGUCCUGAGCUCGACUGUUAUCGAUAACUUGAGCCGGAGCCAGCCCUCUUCUUCGUCCCUGCUAUAUCACUACUUCGAUUUCAACGACAUAGAGAAGCAGACCUCCGAAGGCGCAGUGCGCACGCUUAUUUGCCAGAUUUACGAUAAGAAGCCAGGCCCUCGAGGAUACCUGGACUCGCUGUAUGCCUCCUGCAACAAUGGCAAGCGGCAGCCGAGCGAUGACGUGCUGCGCAAAACCCUUCAGAACAUGAUACGGCAAGCCGGCGAGGUUUGGAUUGUCCUUGAUGCGCUCGAUGAGUGUCAGAGGCGGGAAGAGUUCGCCGAUGUCGGCCUGCUCUCGUGGGUCAAAGAACUUCACGAGUGCCAAGACAGCUUACACUUACUUGUCACAAGCCGCCCAGAGCACGACAUUAAACAAGGUAUCGAAGAAUGGGCUAGCAGUGAUCACAUGAUCUCACUACAGAGUGACCUAGUAGAGAGGGAUAUCCAGGAUUACAUUUAUGCAAGGAUUAGAGGUAACGGGGGACUCAAAAGAUGGCAGUCAAGGCAGAAGGUGCAGGUUGAAAUUGAAGAAGCUCUGAUAAAGGGGGCUCACGGAAUGUUUCGCUGGGUUUCAUGCCAGCUGGAUGACUUGGAAACCUGUCUUGAUUAUCCAGCUGUGAGAAGGGCUCUUGCAUCGCUGCCCAAGACGUUGGACGAGACUUACGCACGGAUCCUAAAACGUAUACCUGAAGAUUUUCAAUCGCAUACAAUACGGAUGCUGCAAUUCCUGACCUACUCCGAGCGGCCACUAACAGUCGACGAGGCUGUUGAUGCUCUUGCGGUGGAGAUAGAGCCGAGGCGGUUUGACCCAGAAAACAGGAUGCCUGAUCCAACAGAGAUCUCGAAGUGUUGCUCCAGCUUGGUAAUCAUUACCAGAAGAGAGGCUGGUCACGAAGCGAACGAAGAAAAGAAGGAGGUGGUCCAACUCCAACUUGCUCAUUUCUCUGUUAAAGAGUAUCUUAUCUCCGAUCGACUCCCGAAAGAGAUAGCCAAGGACUUUCAAAACACUGCUGCUAGAGCAGCUGUUGUCCAGGUGCUGCUUGAGAAGGGCGCCGAUGUGAACGCCCAGGGAGGAUUCUUUGGCACCGCGCUCCAGGCUGCUUCAUGCCAGGGUUACAAGGAGGUAGUCCAGAUGCUGCUUAAGAAGGGUGCUAAUGUAGACGCUCAGGGAGGAGAGUAUGGCAAUGCCCUCCAGGCUGCUUCAUUCUGGGGUAAUAAAGAGGUGGUACAGAUACUGCUUAAGGAGGGUGCUAAUGUAAACUCCCAGGGAGGAUACUACGGCAAUGCCCUCCAGGCUGCUUCAUUCCGGGGCCACGAGGAGGUGGUCCAGAUACUUCUUAACGGCGGCGCUGACGUGAACUCCCAGGGAGGACACCUUGGCAGUGCUAUUGGAGCUGCGGCGCACCAAGGACAUCUGAACCUACUCAAACAGCUCCUCAUCGCCAAGCCAAUUUGUGUACAUCACGCUGAUCAACACGGCAGUACACUCUUAGCAUCCGAAGCAAGGAACUGUUGUAAAGAUGAUAUCGGCUUGAAAGUUGCAGAAGACUCUGUGGAUCCAAACCUAAGAGACGCAUUCGGUCGAACACCAUUAUUCCUAGCAUCACAGGAAGGAAACGCCUUAAUAGUCGAAGAGCUUCUGAGGCAUUAUAAAGUGGAUCCUGACCCAGAAGAUCGCCACGGUCUAACCCCUUUGGCAGUUGCGGCAGCCCAUAGCCACGUGGAGAUUGUUGAGUCCUUGUUGACUGCGCCUGUUCGUGUAAAUGCUCGGGAUAUUUUUGGACGAACACCGUUGUCGUGGGCCAAGGCAAGCGGGAGCUUUAAAAUUGGACGACUUCUCUCUAAGCAAGGAGAUGAGGCAGCCAAUUUUGCAGAGAUUGUUGAAGUCCCUGUCCUCACAACAAAGACCAAUAAGGCAGUACAGGGAUGGACUUACAUUAUCGCCUUCAUCGAUGAGCUUGAGGCGGGCACGGGCACCCGACAUGCUGAGGACCUUCUGCAUGUCUAUCUCUUUUGCAGCGCUUGA